AUGGGAAUUUGUUUGUGUCUUCAAAGGAGUACGAAACAAAGUCAGAACGACGGGGGUUCGCAUUAUUACCUAGGUUCGACUCCAACGACCGCAAACAAUGCGGCAAAGUACCUUUGUCACCAAACGCUUGAAGUUACGAAUAAUGGAACUACUGCCGACAUCGCUCCAACGAACGUCAACCAAGUGACACUGUACAACCUCGGUCCUAAAAAUUCUCUUGCCGUCUCGAGGAAUGUUGUGGCUGAUAUGCAUAUGACUUGUGUAGCUGGUCAGAAUAAUGCAAUAACGUCAGCAAUAUCUACUGUGUCUCCGGGGGGAAUUGGGGUCCAAGCGAGACCUUUGGUACAGGUCCGCGCCCUUUAUUCAUAUCAGGGCCACAACCAAGAUGACCUCUCGUUCCAGAAAGGAGAUAUAAUGUUUGUUAUAUCUGGUAUGUCUGAUGCAUGGUGGUUUGCAAGACAUUCCGACACUGGAAUGAGUGGGUACAUACCCAGUAACUACGUCUGUCUGAAUGAUGGACUUCCAACUAGCUUGGAUGCCUGGUAUGAUAUAGGUCGACGUGAAGCUGAUCGAAAACUUUUGCUAGUGGGGAACCCCAAAGGAACAUACCUUAUUAGACCUAGUUCAGAAACCCAGAAUUAUGCACUCUCUGUUCGACAUUAUGACUCCGAAAAAAAUAUGUGGGUUGUAAAACACUAUCGCAUUCGGAUCCUUGAUAAUAACGGUGGCUUCUUUAUUAGUAUUCGCACGACCUUCCCGAAUAUUCAGGACCUCAUAAAUUAUUAUACAGUACACCCAGAUGGUUUAUGCUGUCGAUUGUCUAUCCCAUGCCCACGUGCAUAUCGUCCACCCGUGCAAUUUCGUGAUUUUGAAAUUAAUCGUGAUAGCAUAACAAGAAUUCGAAAGUUGGGUCAAGGUACAUUUGGAGAAGUCUAUUUAGCUAAAUGGAAUGGUUCAGUCGAAGUAGCAGUUAAAAUGAGACUCGAUCCUACAGAUCGUAGUCGAUUUAUUGAAGAAGCACGCCUUAUGCAUGCUUUUCAUCAUCCACGUAUUGUUCAACUUUUGGGCGUAUGUACUGAACCGGAAGACCAACCAGUUUAUAUUAUUACUGAAUUAAUGCGCAAAGGAGCUUUAUAUGAUUUUUUACGUACAGAAGAAGGACAUAAAUUGACUUUGGAUGAUUUAAUUGAUAUAAUGGCACAGAUUGCUAGUGGUAUGUCGUAUUUGGAAGAAAUGAAUUCUGUUCACCGAGAUUUACGUGCAGCUAAUAUCUUAGUGGAUCAAGAUUACUCAGUUAAAGUUUCAGAUUUCGGAUUGGCUAAAAUUAUUAGCGAUGAUUCUCAUGCUGAUCCAAAUACUAAAUUUCCUAUUAAGUGGACAGCUCCAGAGGCGGCUUUACAGCAUAUCUUUAGUAUAAAGUCUGAUGUAUGGUCGUUUGGUAUAUUGAUGUAUGAGAUAGUCACUUACGGUGGAACGCCUUAUCCAGGAAUGACUACCCGUCAGACAGUAGCUGAGGUUGAAAAAGGUUAUCGAUUACCUUGUCCUCAUACUCCUGAACAUCCUUGUCCUGAUGACUUAUACAAUCUUAUGCGAAAAUGCUGGGACGCUAGACCAGAGAAUCGUCCUACAUUUCGUUCUUUGUAUGAUGUUUUUGAAAACUGGUCUACGCACACAGAAGCUCAAUAUCUAGAUAACUAG